AUGUUCCUCCCCUACGCCACUUUCCCCAGCUCGUUCAAGGCAUCUCUCGUAACUGCGAAUACCGCCACCCAAGUCUACGCCCUUACUUGCGCCUCGUCCUGUGCCUCGACCGAUUUCCCGGAACAGACCAUCACACACAUCUCCGGAUCGUCAUGGGCUGGAAACCACGUUAUCUCAGGGUCGCGAACGUCCUGGGACUGCAACUUGGCGGAGCAGCAAUGUGCCAUGACCACGGUCAAGGCUGAUGAGUCCAGCGCCGAGCUGCCCACACAAUCGGGGGCCAUGGAUACCUGCUAUAUGCAGUCUCACUCCGUCAUGGUUGUCAUCACGGGCGGUACGGACAAGCCAUACACAUACUCCGCCGACUUCUACGAUGACGGAGGGGACGCUGAUGACUGGCCAUCGAUUCAAAGCUCAGCGUUCUCAUCCAUGCAUUGUCCGUCUUCGCCCACAGCGACCAGUGCAACCACCUCAGUUGAAUCAACUCAAACAGCUGGCAACGAGCAGCCAAACUCCGCGACAACCAUUUCUGAUACAGCCUCUGCCGGGGCAGACGGGACAUCUCAGACCAGCAGCCCGACAUCCCCCAGCUCGACCGGCACCGAUGCACCGAAAGGACAUGGCAACUUUACUGGAGUGCCAAAGUCUCUCGUUUUGGUGGGACUCACCGUCACACUCGGAUUUUUCGCAACUUUGUAG